AUGGUGUACAAAUCUGGCUCGAGGAAGACCGCACGGCUAGAAGCAUGGCUGAAGUUGAUGCUACGAACGACAGGCAUCAUGUCCAAACAUACUUCGUCAGACUCACGGUGGAGUGCAGAGAUUGUCGAGCAAAACUUUCGAGGCGCAGUGACGACGAGCGAACGGACUGAACGUGGUGUCGUGCUCGAUGUCAAAGCAGAACUCGAUCUGUCGGGCAAGAAUGACAAGGUUGCCAAAGCAUGGGCACGCUGCUGUGUGCCGGUGUUGCGGACCAAGAUAUUUUUGGAUGGCAUACUCGAUAACGCUACCGAACUCGGCUUGCCAGAUUUCUCGCUCGAGUGUGAUGCAGAUCGUCCUGCUUGCCGCCUCGAUAGCAUCGGUAGACCCCCACCCAAAACACAAUGCGAUCUCGAGCAUACUCUGGAUACACGCACGCCCGCAGGUCCGAGCUACCGGUAUUUGCUCGAGGUCGCACAAUGUCCGAAAGUUAUCAACCCGAGCGACCGCAUGCCCGUCAAUCUGAUAUCGCCUGAAGAGGGGCGCGUCGUGAGUGCCUACAUCAGGAUGGAGCCACCUAUCACUCUCUAUGACGGCUGGCACGCUACGCAGCCAGUGACCGGAGCUACUGUCAUGCUCGUUGAGCCCAGUGGCAUCUCGAACCUACAAGGAGCGAGUCUUAUUCUGGAGUUUCCAGUCGAUGUCUAUCUCUCAGCAGAGAUGAACGCCAUCUGGAAUAACUGUUGCCGAGCUUACAUCGAGGCGCGCAUAUUCCUCACGUACACCGGUGACGUGACGGUCCAUUCCUUUACCAUUCGGCUCGAUUGCGGAAUUCUGGCAGCGCCUCCGAGAGAGUGCACAGCAAACGACUUAAGGAGGAUUGGGAAGCCAAUGGAGCAUUCAUAUUGUCAGGGCGACCUGCAGGUGACCGCGACACCGAAGCCGUUCCCGAGCAAUACGCUCUAG